AUGAGUCACAUCAGGUUAACACAAGUAUUAAUUCAUAAUAAUCCCUCGUCAUUUAAUAGUCCAUUUAUAUUUGAUAUAUCGUUUGAAUGCGUUAGUCCAAUAAAAGAAGAUUUAGAAUGGAAGGUAAUAUAUGUAGGAUCAGCAGAUAAUGAAAAGAAUGAUCAAGUAUUAGAUAGUAUUUUAUUAGGACCAGUCGCAGUUGGUCAAAAUCAAUUUGUUUUUGAAGUUGAUCCACCAGAUGCAAAUAAAAUUCCAAAGGAUGAUUUAUUAGGUGUUACUGUUGUUUUUUUAAUUUGUGCAUAUAAAGGUGAAGAUUUCAUUAGGGUUGGUUAUUAUGUAAAUAAUGACUAUUUUGAACAAGAACUUAAAGAUAAUCCACCAGAGACACCAGAUUUAUCAAAGAUACAAAGAAAUGUAAUGGAUGACAAGCCUGUAGUUACAGGUUUUCCAAUACAGUGGAAUUAA